AUGGAACAGAGUUGUAUGCUUGAGGUUCUUCUGCAUAUGACACUGUAAGUUAAUUUUCUCUUACGAAUAGCACUGGCUGUCUGAAACAGCUUGCAUUCGUUACGUGUCUUGUUUAGUAAUGCUUACGUGUGGGGCAAUUUUAUUCACUCGAUUUCGGGUGCGAACUACCGCUUGGUAUACCAUGGCAUUCAUGCCACCCCGGGCAAUUCAUUGGUUUCGGUGUUGACUUAUUGGUUUGAGUGAUAAGCCGGUUUUAUUUAAUGCCAACAAAAUUCUCUUAUAGGAACAUGGCCACUGCAGUUGGGAAGAAAUAUUAA